UACGCCUCCACGGAGCUUCUCUACUCUUUGCAGUUUCCAGAUGCAGGCACAGAAACUCCAAGAAACAAGUACUAGUUCAAUGUGAGAAUUAAGAUCAAGGAUUACAGUUUUCUGCGUGGAACUGGAAGGUUGGCUUCACAUUUUUAUCAUGAAAGAGAAACUUCUUAAGUUUUUCUGCCUCAUGCCAGAACACUAAAUUGAUUCCUUUUUGUUGGUUCUAGUACUGGUAUUAUUAUUUAACUUUAUUCCAAAGUUUGGACUCAUGGACUGAUCAGAAGUUUUCACAUCUUGGAAUAAUGAGUGACUCCUCCUGGAUUCAUUUUUAUAUGGGGAUUUAACAGUUGUUUUUAGAAAAGACUGUAUAUGGUACAUUUUCCAAAAGCUAUGGAAUUUUCUUUGCGAAUUAACCUUUUUGCAGCUUUUGUCUCAUGCAUUAAGGUUUAUGCUCAAGUGGUACAACCUGUGAAGCAUCCAGGCCUGCAGGUGUUGGCCACGGCCUCACAUUAUUGGCCUCUCGAUGCUGUGGACGGAAUCCAUGAACUGUGGGACCAGAUUGGAAACAGACCAGGUUAUGUUAACGGAAGCAACAUAACACUCAGAAUCCACAACCACACUGUGCUCCCCUCCUCCCAUAACUCUUCCUAUGUGUAUACCAAUGACUCUGCCUACACUAACAUUUCUGCAACAGUAGACAUUGUUGAAGGAAUGGUUAACAAGGGCAUCUUUCUGAAUGGAGAUAACGGUGGUACCUUCCUCCACUUUGGAAACUACCAGAACUCUUGCAUUAGUGAUCCUACUUUGUGCGGUCCUGACGGGAUUACCUUCUCCUUUUUCUGGAAAAACCAUGAGGCAGAGUCCCGCUUUGCUGUUGCCUCUGGAGGGAAAGUUAUCUCCAAUGGCUUCUCUGUCUACACCAAUCCCUUUGGAGGAUAUGUGGAGUUUUACACUCGAGGCAACAACCACAGAUGGAAGGCCAACAUCAGAGUUCCAGGGCCUUUCUGGACGCACAUUCUCUUCACAUGGACAAAAAAGGCUGGUCUGAAGGUCUACAUCAAUGGGACUUUCACUGUCAGUGACCCUGCUGGCAAUGUCUCAGAGAACUAUGGAGACCCCUACCCUGACCUUGUCAUUGGAACUGGCAACGACAGGGCGUACGGUCACUACGUAACAGGCGCUUUUGACGAGUUUGUGAUCUGGGAAAGGGCCCUUUCUGCUGAUGAGAUUAGGCUCUACUACAGUGCCGCCAUAGGUGAAGCCAUUGCCUCUGCCACGACACCCAGAUUCUCCAAAGAGGUCACUUCAACGACGCCAACAGUCAGAGCCACUGAAGUGAGUCCUCCUGUCGUCAGCAGUCAGAGCGAGGAUGUCCAAAGCUCCCAGGACCCGGAGUCCAUGCCAGUGUUGGGCUUCCUGAAGGCUCUGCCCAAUAGGACCAUUCCUCACAACACUGCCAACAACCUCACACAGGCUUUUCUCAAAAGUGUGGAAGAAGUGCUGUCCUCUCCAGGGCUGCCAGAGCAGUCCACCCCUGUGGUCAGCGGUCUGAUCGAGACCGUGGACAGAGUGAUGGAACACAUGGUGACUAACCUGGAGCCCAGCCCGAACUCUCUCAUCUCCCUGGGUGGAACAUCUUUUGUUGCAGAUUACUCUUUGAUGAAACUCCCACUGAACUACAACCUGCCGCAUUAUCGCUUCCCCACACAGGGCAAGAACUACAUCUCUGUGCCAGGGGAGGCUUUCACCAUGCAGUCUCAAACCACGAUCGUUGGCCUCUUCUACCACAACAUGCACAACUACUACAAUGAGAUCAGCCCUGUUAAGACCAGGAUUAACGAAGCAGCCGAUUUCAAGGAUCACAAGAUCCAGGUAGCAAGCUGUCUAAUCUCUCUGAAAGUGGAGCCUUCACCAGCCUUGUCAAUCAACCUCUCAGGAGCACCACUCAUCAAGAUCGUCCUCACCCACGUCCUGACUAAAGAACAGCAGGACCAAGUACUAAAUCAGAGCAAUAAAGUCUUCCUCUACUGUGCCUUCUUGGACUACAGUUCAAAUGAGGGAGUGUGGUCCAACGAAGGUUGUGUGCGCUCAGAUGGAAACAUGACGUACUCUGUAUGUCUGUGCAACCACCUCACCAAUUUUGCCAUCCUUAUGCAAGUAGUGCCCUUAAAGCUCACUACUGGCCACCGGGUGGCACUAUCAGCCAUUGGUUAUGUUGGCUGCUCAAUUUCCAUCUUCUGUCUUGCCAUCACUCUGGUCACCUUUGCAGUCCUGUCGUCAGUGAGUACCAUCCGUAACCAGCGCUACCACAUCCACGCCAACCUGUCCUUCGCCAUCCUGGUGGCCGAGAUCUUACUGCUCAUCAGCGCUCGCUUCGACCCGGGCACGCUGCCUUGUAAGGUAAUGGCUAUCCUGCUCCACUUCUUCUUCCUGAGCGCCUUCGCCUGGAUGCUGGUGGAGGGCCUCCACCUCUACAGUAUGGUGGUGAAGGUGUUCGGCUCCGAGGGCAGCAAACACUUCUACUACUAUGGCAUUGGCUGGGGCUCUCCUUUGGUAAUAUGCGUGGUGUCCAUUACAUCAGCUCUGGACAGUUACGGCGAGGUUGACAACUGCUGGCUGUCAAUGAAGAAUGGAGCCAUCUGGGCGUUUGUGGCACCGGCUCUGUUUGUCAUUUUGGUGAACAUAGGCAUUCUGAUAUCUGUGACCAGGAUCAUAUCUCGCAUCAGUGGAGAGAAUUACAAGGUUCAUGGAGAUGCCAAUGCAGUCAAGCUGACUGCAAAGGCAGUAGCUGUGCUCUUGCCUAUACUCGGCAUUUCCUGGAUCUUUGGUGUUCUUGCUGUCAACACACACUCUUUGCCAUUCCUAUAUAUCUUUGCUGUGUUCAACUCAUUACAAGGGUUCUUUGUUUUCUUAUUUCACUGUCUUCUCAACUCUGAGGUCAGAGCUGCUUUCAAACACAAAACCAAGGUGUGGUCUCUGACCAGCAGCUCCAUCCGAAACAUCAAUGUGAAGCCCUUCAACUCUGACAUUAUGAAUGGAAACAAGGAGGGCGUGAAUCCCACCAAGAUGAACACAUGGGACAAAAGCACCAACUCAGCCAAUCGUAUCGACCUCUCCGCAGUGUAGAACCACAGAUCACCAUUUCUGUCUGUGGCAGGAGAGCAAUCUGAAGCUCACUAGUGUAGAACGACAAACACUGGCCAGAGCAUUCUCCCACUAUGUUAUGUAAUGAAUUGGAUUCUCAUCCAUUGAAGAGAAAGUGCUGCCAAAUGAGGUGUUGUGUGACUGAAUAAUAACUUUGCAUUUAAAGACAAACAGACUCUAAGGACUGUGCCUGAUUACUGUGUCAUAAAAACAUUUUGUGUUCCCAAAAUCAAGAGCAGGGAUCUCUGAGGAGAAGGUCAGUGAAGUGACAGAGUCUUAAGAUCCAUGAGGGUAAUUCAGGGUCUGGCAAUGACGCUCUCUGUAGUGGAGCGUCUCAGUUGUCUGCUGCCUCGUCCAUCUGUAUAUUGCAGUUGAUUUACUGGUUGGCCAGAGUUUAUUUAAGGGAAUAUUUCAUUUAGGAAUUUCACUUGUUUGGUCUCUUGCCAAGAGUUGCAUGUGAAGACUGAACCCACUUGUCAUGUCUACAUGGUAAAUAUGAAGCUAACGCCAGCAGCUAGUUCACUUAGCUUAGCACAAAGACUGGAAACAGCUGGUCUGGCACUGUCCAUAGGUAACAAAACCUGCCUACCACCACCUCCAAAGCUCAGUAGUUAAUGUGUAAUAUUGCCUUUGUUUAAUCUAUAAAAAAAAAAAAAGCGUAAA